GAGCGCAACUACAUCACUGCCCCUGCCUCCUCCUCACAGCGUUGGUCGCCAUCCAUCCCCUCUCCUCUCCUCUCCUCCUGUACCAUAACAGAUGGUGGGAACAACAUUGCAUCCACCGGGUACCACAAUAGACCGCAGCAUCCAGUCCAGACAACGCUGGCCUUGCACCAUUAUGCUCCUAGUGCAGGACUGCGUGAGGCUGUGAGUGCCGUCGUGAUUCAUUUCACGCGGUACCACCACCACCACCACGGCCACGGAGGAACCUUCCUGCGACUGUUUGGGCUCUCCACCGAGCGGGGAAGAUGGCCGCUAUGAAAAUAUUAACAGGCACAGGGCUCUUCUUGGCUUUCUGUGCGCUCGGGCUGCUCGCCAUGGCGAUCUGCACCGAUUAUUGGUACGAGACCGACGCGAGGAGACAUCGGGAGAGGUGUAAAAACUAUGCCAACAAGCGAAACGACCCGGGCUACAUCUACAUUUCAAACCACAACCUCCCCCUCCAGAUGCCUCCAAAGAGCCUGGAGAGGAAAGGUAACGGCCCAGAUGCUGGAGCUCUCAUCCGGGGGAAGCGGCACUUCAUGGCCGCUGCGUCUCCCAUGGAGUCUCAUUGCAGCCGGCAGUUUAACUCCACCAUCUCCGGGCUUUGGAGGAAGUGUCACCGGGAGGGAUUCGACAUGGAGACCGAAGACCUUAUUUACAAAGGAAUAAUUCAAAGAUGUACCGCAGUCAAGUACCACUACUCUUCAUCCAUCCUACCACGAAAUUUACCCAUCAACAUCACAAAGACCAUACGACAGGACGAGUGGCAUGCACUCCAUCUAAGAAGAAUGACGGCUGGCUUUGUGGGCAUGGCCGUGUCCAUCAUUCUCUUUGGCUGGAUCAUUGGAGUGCUGGGAUGCUGCCAGCAGCAUGACCUCAUGCAAUAUGUAGCUGGGCUACUCUUUCUCAUGGGAGGAACAUGCUGCAUCAUCUCCUUGUGCACAUGUGUGGCAGGAAUCAACUUUGAGUUGUCCCGCUACCCCCGCUACAUGUACGGCCUCCCCGAGGACAUUAGCCAUGGCUAUGGCUGGUCCAUGUUCUGUGCCUGGGGGGGCCUCGGUCUCACGCUGUUGGCUGGCUUCCUCUGCACCUUGGCCCCCUCCCUGAGCACGCCCACUCGCACAACGACCCACAAGCCGAGGCAGGAGAAUGGAACCGUGUGACAGAGGCGUUGUGAAGCGACUGACCCACCGAACGCACAAACCGCACCCUUCCAACCUUGAUGUUUAACUCUGAAACAGUUUUUUGUCUGAUCACCAUCUCACACCACCCUCGACAUGGCCAUCUCCCCACAGUGUUCAGUGUGCCUGAGUUGUGACAGAAGGAGCAAAGUGAUGACAAACUUCACACACCUAAUCUCGAAAAAAUCCCAGAGGGACCUCCAGGAACACCAAGACUAACACCUACAGUAACGUAUGUCCGAGGCAUCGCUCUCUUAGCACAAAUAAGACAUUUUUUUGGUUCAGAUGUUUGACAUGUUGACUUUUUAGCGAUCUAAAGGUGACUGUUUUCUCUGAAGAUAAUUUGUCUUAAAAUGGUGCUCUCUUAAAUGCAUAAAGCCACACACACACUCCCACGCAACAAAUACACACACACACACACACACACACACACACACACACACACCAGAACAUGUUUUUCCACACAUACUCCGGAUGAAUCAUGGGAAAAAUCCGUCAAAAGAAAAAAAAAAAAAAAACACACACACAAACAUCAGGCCAGAGCAUCUUGUCAGCAUUCCUCUUUCAGUCGAGUGAUGUGAGCUGUGUUAUUGUUCGUAAUGAAAAAAACAAAAUGAAAAAAACUGCCGUUGACUGCCCGUUGCUUAUCUUUAGUGUAGCACACUAACUGAUAUCAAACAUGAGACCCAGGGGUAACGUCAAAAUGAUCCAGUGGCGUGGUCAGUAUGAUAAAACACACUUAAGUGAAUCUGCAUUGAAAAGAAAAUCGUUUGAUGCUUCUUUAAAGAUUCUAUAUGUAAAAAUGCAUCUCUGUAGAUCCAGAUCAUUGUUUGUGUAAAUUAGAUUUUGAACAAGAGUGUUUGUUUUCUGUUUGUUUAGAGGAGAUGAUGGCUGACAGUAAGGAGGGGAUUAGGAGUUACAGGGUGGUGCUGGGAGCAUGAAUCCAUUAUUGGGUUCAGCAACGUAAAGGUAUUUUGUGGAUGUGACUCGGUUGUUUGCUGACAAGAGCAAAAACAUGAAACCAAACUGUGGAGGGAGUAUUUGAUUGCUCCAUUGUUUACCUUCAAUAUUGGUCAGGCUUUUUGUGUAAUACAAGGGAAAAAAAUGCAACUUCAGUGAUACAUACAAAAGCACAAGCUGCGGUCCAAAUCAUCAUCUGCACAAAGUACAGUAACAUAGUAACAUCACAUAUUGGUGGAGGGCCAAAGUGUCAUCAGGUCUUGACUAAAGUCUGACUGAGUAACGACUGAGACAAUGAGACAAGCAGAAUAUGGAGAAUCAUAUAUGUGAUGAACAUUAUUGUUCCCACAAUGCAAUGCGCACUGGAAAUGGAGGAACUGUUUUUUUUUUUAACACAUGGAUGUAAUAAAUACAUAAAACAUGUUUGAUUUUAACUUUAAGAUUGAUGGAGGCAUUCCAAAUUUCCAGUUUUAAUAAUGCAUUUCUUGAGCAGUAAAAUACAUAUUCAUUGUGUACUAACUUACAUUACGGUACAAUUUAUACUAUGUAGUAUGCAUACUCUUCUGAAUUAAUGGUUGGAUUAGAAAUACCUCCAAAUCUGGUGGCGAAAAAAAGCACAAAUAGUAAUUUAGAAAGGACUGCAGUGAUGUUAAAAACUAUUCCAAAUUUACACUGUAUACUAAUUUUGUGUUUUAAUUGAGGUGCACACAUUGAAAAUGACAAAAUGAAGUAUACUUAAAAUCACAAGUAUCCAUACUAAUACGAAUACUGUCUUUAAGUGUUGUGUUGAUGAUUUAAAAAAAUCAAAAUACAAAGUGAAAAUAGUCAUUUUUAAUUAAAAUUGGGAAUGCCAUUUCAAAUUAACAGUUGAGCUUAGUGUAUGUGGUGCACACUUUGAAUUGUGUGUCAUUAGUACAAAUCAGUCAAAUGUGCCACUUUUUGUGUACUAACUUACAAAAUUGUGCACUUAAUAGUAUGUAGUUUGGGAUGGUGCCAUGUGAAAGGUUUUGAAAAAGGAGUGUAGCAGGCAGGACUACAGUUUAUUCAGUGGAAAAGGUAUAAACAAUUCUCUCUGUGACACUUGUGGGUGAUAAUAACUCACAGCAGCCAGUUUUCUCUUACUGUAUUUUUCCCCCAUAGUCAUUAGAAAUCAUUUAUUUUGAAAUGUUCAAGCUCACUUCAUAAAACAAGAAUAUUACAGCCAUGUGUGAUGACUUUUUUUAUAAAUUGCUGGAGAUGAGUCAUGAGAUAUACUAUCAGCUAUGUCAAUUAACUUUCUUAGAAAAAAAAAAAAAGGUGUUAUAAUGUGUGUUGACGACACUGUGUGUGAUGUUCAGUCCUUUCACCAUCACCAUUUACCUCCUCAUGAGGCUACCACUUUUCAGAAGUCGAGGAAAUUGACUGAGGCAUGAUUGAAAACUGUAUCUUCAGUGUCUUGUUGAAUCUUUGCACUUUGCUGGGUCUCAUAAAAGUCUGUGAACCUGAAGCCUGAGCAGGUGGAGUUAUACAUUAUAUGUUUGCGAGGUCACAUACGGGAGCAAAAGAUGACCAGAGCAUGUAAUAAGCACCCAGUUGUGUCUUUUACAAACAGUUUGGGUUUAUACCAUGUUGUGUAGGGUCAGUCGGUCUAGGCUCUUAUUGUGAAAAUAUUUAUGCCAGAAACAAGGACAUACCAUAAAUAUGAAAAUAUUUAUAUCUAUGGUCAUUACACUAACAACUGAGUCAGUAAAUUCCCUGACGUCCUCACAGAAUGCAAUGCUGUUUGGUGUUUUGGUUUUAUAAAGUUUUAAGUUCACACCCAAACUACUGUGCAGUAAUAUAAGUAAUUACUGUAAGCAGUAAACUGUAAUGUAUAAGUACAUGGUGCAAGUAUAAUGUGUUGUUAGGACUGAAGCACAAUUGCACACAAAGUUUGUGUAUUAUAGUUGGAAAUCUGACUUUUCCAGUACUGAUGUGCCACCACUGCACAUGUGCAGGACUUUGUCAAAAAGUAUUACAAGCAAACAUUUUAAAGCACAUAUUUACGCCCCGUAUCUCAAAUAGUACCUUUUAAAAGUAACACCAACAAAAUAACAAUGUCCGUAUUUCAAAACAAAGAUUUUGUCUUUCAUUGGAUUGCGUUUUAACACAGAAGAACAGUAGCACACAGUAGCAAGAUUGACAAAACAUUAAGAAUGAUGUGCUUCAGAGAACAAAUGGGGUCAACACAGUAUAACAAUGUAUUUGAAAUUGUUGUAAAAUCCCUCUCAAGUGGCAACUUCCUGUGUUUCAUGAGGAACUUAGAGAUAUACUCUGUGCAAUGAGAGAUGCUCUGUGAAAACGCCACCGUUUAGCGUGGCACUUGUUUCAGUAGCACAGCUAUUAUUUUCUACAAGUCAUUUAUACUGGUUCAAUCCACUGCAAAUGUUAUGUGGGGACUAAAGAGACAUUACAGUCUUGCAUGAUCUCAUUACGGUUAGUUUCUUUCAAUAUAUUAAAACUUGUGUCCAUUUUUAAUUGAUUUAUUUUACUGAAAUAAAACAUGUAAUUACUAAA